GGUGCUGUUGUCUGGACUCAUUGGCGUCGUCUCCUGGAAGAGACCUCUCUCGCUUGUGAUUACCUUCUUCAUGCUGCUCUCCGCAGUGUGUGUGAUGCUCAACCUGGCCGGCUCCAUCCUCUCCUGCCAGAACGCCCAGCUCGUCAGCUCCCUAGAAGGCUGCCAGUUGAUAAAGUUCGACAGCGUGGAGGUGUGCGUCUGCUGCGAGCUGCAGCACCAUUCAUCCGGAUGCAGCAACCUCGGGGAGACCCUGAAGCUGAACCCGCUGCAGGAGAACUGCAACGCUGUGCGGCUGACCUUGAAGGAUCUCCUCUUCAGCGUGUGUGCCCUCAACGUCCUCUCCACCAUCGUGUGCGCAUUGGCCACAGCCAUGUGCUGCAUGCAGAUGGUCUCUGCUGAUGUCCUGCAGAUGUUCUUCCCACAGAGGUCCCACUCGGCCAGUGCUGCCUGCGUGACUCCACACGGCACCGUUCUCCACCAGACCCUGGACUUCGAUGAGUUCAUUGCCCCCCUCCCGCCUCCACCCUACUACCCUCCAGAAUAUACCUGUACGCCCACAGCGGAGGCCCACAGGGGCCUCCACCUGGACUUCGCCUCCUCCCCAUUCAGCACUAUAUACGAUGUUGCCAUCAACAGCCCUGGCAUGCUGUAUCCUGCUGAGCUGCCCCCACCGUAUGAGGCCGUGGUGGGUCAGACUCCCGCCAGCCAGGUUCCAGGUGUCGAUCACCAGGUGGCUGACUCCAGUUCCGGGGACCCAAACACAGCUGCUGGCUUCAGCACACCAGUGCCUGCUAGUAGCACAAGUCUCCCAACAUCAGAGGGUGCCACCUCACUGGGUCCAAGCCACCCCUCCCCUGAGGGCACUCUGGACACCCCACCACCCCUUCUACCUACUCCAGUCUCUCACCACAUGUCUCCAGAAGCAACAAGCUUGAACACACAGGCACAGCCAAGCCCAGGGCGUGUGGCCCGCUCCGCCAGCGACCCCACCUCCCGCGCAUUCAGUGAAGCAGUCUCCGCAUCACGCCCAGCCACGGCUGCCGGUCAGCACCAGCUCUCGUCUGCUGGCAACCAAGAUACCUGGAAAACAGACCAAGGGACCAAGCCAGAGAGCUUACAGACCGUCUCCAAAGAACGGCCGCACUCCUUAGUGGAGAGCAAGGGCUACACGGACACCAGGGUCUUGGUGGCUAAGUUCUUGGAACACUCACACUGUACCCUCCCUUCAGAGGUGCGACACGUGGUGAGCACCGUCCGGUCAACAGUCACCUCGGAGGAGCCCAGGGUGGAGGAGGCCAUCUUUGGUGCUGGCGUCCUGGACCAGCUAUGAAGCAGCUACAGACCUGGAUGUAGACACUGAUGGACCCAGUGCCUGCAAGUCCAGUCCUGCAUGAUGCCACCGUGCUUGACAGAGAGAGGCCCUUUGGCCUGCAGGGCAGAGAGCAACCAGAAUUCCCAGGCGAGGCUCUCUGGUGGCCCGGGCAGGGAACUGUUACAUUUUCUCCAUCGGUUGUCUUCCCAGGGACUUUUUGCCCCCUGUCCCACUAACUCAGCAAGCUCCGCUUGCGUCAGGGGGGAUAGCACCUUGAACUGAAGAAUGUGACCGGAAUCCCUAUCCAGGGACAGGUGACACUUGUGGAACAUAAGGACACUGUAUCUGUUCCAAAUCAAGGCCUUUGACACAAGGUUGUCUUCUGGGCCCAGUUCAGUUCAGUGUUACGUGAGCAGAAGGUGGCAGCCACGAUGGAGCCAUCUGCCACGUGACUGGAAUCACUCUGCAGUGAAACCUUUAAAAAAAAUCCAGACCCAUCACUUCCUUUCAAAGGAAAUAGGCAAUGUUAGCACAGCCUGGACCCACAUUUUUUGAUCACUGGGUUAUCAUGCAAAUAAAUCUACCAUUAAAAACUCUUCCUAGGCACGCUUGGACAGCGAGCAGGUGUCGUGAAGGCUUGAAAUGCCCGCCUCCUUGUGUCCUGGGCCUCCCCACUAGGCCUCUGACUGUGAGCUGCUACCCCCACGUCCUUCCCUGUGCCCCUCCCCCAUGGCCUCCCAUUCUUUAACCACAGCAAAGAAUUGUCACUUGUGUCUUAGCAAUCUGCAUCCGUCAGAGGGCUCCCCUGGUAUCUGACCUCACCCAACCAACUUAGGUAGGUCACAAUGCGGGCUAAGAUGCAUUUAUCUCUGCUUACAAGUGCACCUUUGGCUACGGCAUGCCUUUGUGAGCCAGAGUUCUCCUCCUCCAUUCAGGUGGCAGCAGACCCACCUGUGUUGAAGGAGGUAGAUGGUCAGUCCCUUAUUUCUGGGAGAAUACAGAAGCAGAGCAAAACCAGCUUGGGCAUAGCCAGGUGACUUUGGGAAAGAUGACCACCCCCAGACUUUCUUGGCUUUUCAGACCUCAUUUUCUGGCACCAUCAACACUAACCAUGUCUCAGCAAUGGGUCCAGACCAACACUGCCUGCAAGAACUUCCUGGGAAAAUGGGAACACCCAUAUCUGGUUCAUCCAAAAGCAGCAGCUCCAAGCACGUGAGAUCACUGUACCCCAAUUGGCCUAUGAGCCUCGAUAUCAGCACCGAGGCCCUAUGUCUACGGAAAGUGUCAGGGUGGACCAGACUGUGACCACCAUUAUUCAGUGUCCAGCUGGUAGGCUUAAGAAACCCUUCUCUCCACUCUGCCUGGCCUUCAGCUUCUACUCCCAUGUCCCAGCCCCCCAAUUCCCUGUAACCAAUAUACUGAGGACCUUCAUGUGUUUGGAAGCUGGGGGGGCUUCAGCCCCCAUAUGGCUUGGCAGAUACUCAAUGGUGGUCGGCUUUCCAUGCUCUGAUGACUUGACCAUUGCCGUAAGUUGUGGCCUUCCUACUGUUAUGGAGCCAGAAAACAUAAAUCAGGCACAUGAUGGCAACCUUGCCUUUUCCGCGGGAGACGUAAUUGAGAUGAGUUUCCAAGCACUUUAUCCAGACUAUAGAAUCCUCUCAUUUUCCUCAAGUGAGGACUUUGUCAAAUCCCUUACAGGUAGAAUGGCCUCCCCUGAACCUAUCAGCUUGAAAAACUUCCAUAGCCUGGCCGUGAGGCAUUUUUAUCACCUCAAAAAUGAGGUGAGGUGAGGUGAGGUGAGGUGAGGUGAGGUGAGGUGAGGUGAGGUCAGGCAGCUGCAGGGUGUCUCCUGAUUGAAGGGUCCAUGCCACAGGGCGCUUAAACACUUGUGGCUCCUCGAUCAAGCUGAGAUCCAAGAGAGGCCGGGCCCCACCCCACCCAGCUGACCCAAGCUCCAGGGUAUCUUCAUGAUGCAUCCAGGGUGAACGGUUUCUGAACAUCGUGCAGGACUCUGGCCUUCCCGCUGCCUCUCUACAGCAGGCCCUCGUCUGCCAUGCAGCACUCUCGUCUCAACCAACUGGUGUCCCUCAGUUGCAGGCCACCGCUUCCUGGAAGCCCUGAGUUCUAGGCAAUCUCAAGAAAGGGGCAUGCACAAACCAUUCAGGCUAGGUUAUGAGAUGGCUCCCCUAAUAGGCUUAUCUUAUGGGCGCAGAAACCACAGACCUUGAUGCUCCUGGGUGGGUGAGAACCCCUGGCUUCCCAGAACAAGACUGUCAGAAGACAGGUCAAUCUGCAUUCACCUUCGCAGGGCCCCACGCAGCCCACAUGAGGACUAGGAAUGCUCAGCUCCAGGCUUACAGCCACUAAAUGAUGUUCUUGUGAUUUGUCUUGUCUCUUCUGGGUCCCUUAGCGCUGCCUCAGUGGUGAUCUAGUAUACUAGGAACCCCAGGCAAUAUGUGGGUUCCAUAAGGCAAAAACUGUCAUCCUCCACAUUGCUUGCACAUUUGUCUUGGAAGCUUUUUCUUUUCUUUUCUCUUCUUUUUUUUUAAAAUUAUUUUUUCUUUUCUUCUUUCUUUCUUUUCUUUUUUUUUCUGAUGUCUGAACUGGGUCCAACCAUGAUCAUUUGGGAGGAGAUGUUCUCACUCCAGGUUUGCCUGGUCCUGCCCCAUCACCACCACCAGAAAACAAAACAAAACAAACCAAUAAAUAAUAAUAAUAAUAAAAAAACAAUGGCCAGUACCCUCUAAGACAUCCUUCAAGUGUCUGCCUAGGGGCAGGAAGAUGCUGAUGUGAACCCACUCUGAGUAUCAACUCUACUUUGAGGAAGGCAGGGUGGGAGGCCCCAUCACGAGGACUAAAGGUCUCAAGCAGGCCAUGGUAAAAUGAAAUGCUUGCAACCGACCCUGGGACAGAAAGCUCAUGUCGGAUCUUCUCUCCUCCCCUUCUGCUAGAGCAGCUCACAGAUGCGGCUGAUGCAGAAUUGAUAGGAAAUUGCUUUCAGGCCCCCAGAGACCUGUUUGUACAACUUGAAAGUUUGUAUUUAUUUAAUGUACCUCAAGGUGUUUUCAUAAUGAUCAGUGUUUUAAUAAAAAGUAUUUCUGGUCA